CCGCAAGCAUGGGUCGCUUGGGUUCACUUCUUGUUGUAAUCUCUCUGUUCCUCCUUCCCUUGCCUUCCCUGGGGAACUCAGGCCACCAUUUUCCUCCAUGGCAUUUAUCCUUCUGGCCGCCCUACCACCAUAGAUCAUCACGACCGCGACCUUAUGCUUAUAGUCCACCAGAGCCUCCAAAAACACCACCAUACAAGUAUACGUUUCCACCACCACCACUAAAGAACGAGCCACCUAUAUAUAAGCCUCCACCACCGUCACCACCACCUUACAAGUGUCCAUCGCCGCCGCCAAAGCCAUGCAAGCCUCCACCACCGUCACCACCACCUUACAUGUGUCCAUCGCCGCCUCCACCGAAAUAUAUGCCUUCGCCUCCGAAGCCAUGCAAGCCUCCACUAGCGCCACCUCCACCGAAAUAUAUGCCUUCGCCUCCAAAGCCAUGCAAGCCUCCACUAGCGCCACCUCCACCGAAAUAUGUGCCUUCGCCUCCGAAGCCACGCAAGGCUCCACCAGCGCCACCACUAAUAUAUAAGUCACCACCACCAAAAUAUGUACCUUCGCCUCCGAAGCCAUGCAAGCCUCCACUAGCGCCACCACAAAUAUUAAAAUCACCACCACCCAAAUAUAUACCUUCGCCUCCGAAGACGCGCAAGCCUCCAUCUACUACACCACCAACAUAUAAUCCGCCAUUACCAAAAUAUAAACCUUUGCCUCCGAAGCCAUACAAGCCUCCACCAUUGCUACCACCUCCAAAAUAUAAAAGUUCUCCACCAAAGCCAUGCAAAUCUCCACCACCUCCAAUAUACAAGCCACCACCACCGAAUUAUAAACCUUCGCCACCGAAGCCAAGCAAGCCUACAUCACCACCACCGGAGCCAUAUAAGCCACCAUUGGUGCCACCACCAAAAAGUAAACCUCUACUACCAAAGCCAUACAAGCUCCCAUCACCACUACCAAAGCUAUACGAAACAUCACUUCCACCGUCACCACCCAAAUAUAAACUUCUGUCCCCAAUACCAUACAAGCCUCCACCACCCCCACUUCCAAAAUACAAGCCACCAACGCUACCAGUGUAUAAACCUCGACCACCACCCAAGCAUAUGCCCCCGCCUGAAUACAAGCCACCAGCUGCAUAUAAGACCCCGGUGCCACCACAUAAGCCUAGCAACAAGCCUCCACCACCGCAAUAUCAACCAUCCCCUGCUUACAAUUACAUUUCACCGCCACCACCAGGAGUGUCAAUCGACCUGGAGACGCCGCCACCAUACCAUCCUGGACCAGGAGCGCACAAGUGACCCGGAACUCGCAUAACCAAGGGAUUCUUCGUGGGCAGUCUACCAAGCAGCAAUAUGAUCCUACUAUUAAGCUCUCUCCCCCGCUGCGGAGAGAAAUCUUGUCAUGUUGAAGUCCAGUCAAGAAGCAUGUGACUAGAUCUUUUGAUCAUUAUGUAUGGCUAAAAUUUUAGAAAAAUAUAUGCAUAAUGACUUGCUAGUGAUUUAGACGCUAAA